CCCCUCUUCCCCCCCCCUUCUUCCCCUUCUCUUCCCCACCCGGGAGGAGAGGCACGGAGUGACCGAGCUCCGGCCGCUCCGACGCCCCGCUCUCCUCCAUGGGGCACAGGGGAAUUUUCCAGCUGGUAAUUUCUGCUGCGUCAACACCCAGCUCAAGGGAGAGGGAGAGAGAAGAGAGACAAGGGGGGCAUUUUAACAGCCAGCUCCACUUGCGAAUAGCCAGCCUUCAACCCCCGGCUCCAGCCUCAACCCCCGGCUCCAGCCUUCAAACCCCCUAAAAAAACAGCGUCCGUGCAACUUGGACCAAGAGUUUUGUCAGGAGUGUGGUUCAAAACUGCUUGGAAAAAGGGAUGAGGUAAUAAUACUGGACAUGUGAUGAACCUUUUGGACCUUGUUGCCAGAGGUCGUUCUCUUCCCUUCAUUAAAACAUGCCCUCUCCAGCUGUGAAACAUCACGACGUUUGUUUUUACUGACGGGAAACAUUUUCAAAGAUUGUAGCUCUGUCUGUCUCCUGCAAGAGUCACAGCAGUGCCGUCGGGUCGCAGAGCAGGCACUACCUGUGCUGCCCUGGGGCUGUUGAUGUUCUCAACUGCUGCAGGAGAAACACCAGACCUGGAACCCAGUUUGUUACUGGACUUGUGGAAGAGGAAGCACAAAGAUUUCCAAAUGAAUAACCGAAAGGAAGAUAUGGAGAUUGCUUCCCACUAUCGUCAUCUGCUGCGGGAGCUCAACGAGCAGAGGCAGCACGGCAUCCUCUGUGACGUUUGCAUCAUCGUGGAGGGGAAGAUAUUUAAGGCUCACAAAAACGUUCUGCUCGGGAGUAGCCGCUACUUCAAAACGCUGUACUGUCAGGUUCAGAAAACCUCGGACCAGGCCACUGUCACCCAUUUAGACAUUGUCACUGCACAGGGCUUCAAGGCAAUCAUUGACUUCAUGUAUUCAGCGCACCUAGCGCUGACCAGCAGGAACGUCAUCGAGGUGAUGUCGGCUGCCAGCUACCUGCAGAUGACGGAUAUUGUACAGGCCUGCCACAACUUCAUAAAAGCGGCUCUCGACAUAAGUAUAAAGUCCGAUGCCUCGGAUGACCUUGUCGAUUAUGAACUCGGAGCCCCUUCCAGCAGCAGCACCGAUGCUCUUAUAUCCGCGGUGGUGGCUGGCAGGAGCAUAUCUCCCUGGUUAGCUCGGCGAACCAGUCCGGCAAACUCUUCAGGAGAUUCCGCUAUUGCCAGCUGCCAUGAAGGAGGGAGCACUUAUGGAAAAGAGGAUCAAGAACCAAAAACAGACAGCCACGAAGAUGUUUCAUCCCAGUCUCUUUGGUCUAGUGACAUGGGCUAUGGGUCUUUACGUAUCAAAGAGGAACAGGUUUCACCGUCCCAUUAUGGAGGGAGUGAACUGCAUUCUGCCAAGGAUAGUGCAAUACAGAACGCAUUUGCGGAACAAGGAGUGGGGGAUGGCUGGCAACCCACUGGGCGCAGGAAGAACCGCAAAAACAAAGAGACUGUGCGACAUAUCACACAGCAAGUGGAGGAUGACAGCAGGGCAAGUUCUCCGAUGCCGUCUUUUUUACCCGCCUCAGGGUGGCCGUACAGCAGAGACCCAAGUGCUGAUGUGACAGCAGCAGAGCCCAGCAGCUCUGACGGCAGAGUGGAGCGGCCGGACCCCUACGGGAACGUCGACGAAGCCCUUCUGGGUGGGGAGGCCAGCUACAUCUCGCAGUCCCUGACGCCGGAGAAGGAGGAUGCGCUCCAGGCUGCCACGGUCGCCAACCUGCGUGCGGCUCUCAUGAGUAAGAACAGUUUGCUGUCUCUGAAAGCCGACAUGCUGGGAGAGGAUAGUUCUCUGCUGUUUGAGUACUUGCCCAAAGGCACCCAUUCUCUCUCUCGGCCUGGCACCAACUGCGGCCGCUCAAGGGGCGAAUGCGAUGGCAAAGCAGAAGCACGCUCUCCCCCUCUGCCUGCAGCACCCCUUGCCGCUCAGAGCUCCCCCGGGAACCGUUCUUCUGGUGGAAUGUCACCAGAAGCUGUGGCCGAAGGAAAAGGGCCUCCCUCAGCCCAGGCUGCUCACGAUGGAUUUUUAGCACUUUGGCAGUUUGAUAACUCUGAUUCAGAUACGAGCUUCUCCCGAUCUGAAGACACGGACGUAACUGCUGAGAGCCUGUACCUGGAUGCAGCUCUUGGCAAGAGAGUGACCUGUGGGUUCUGCAGGAGGGUUUUCCUGUGUGCCGAGGAGCUGAAGGAGCACAUCUACGAGCACGCCUUCUCCAUGCUGCUCCCCUUCGACUUGGUUGGCUGCUCCCGGCCUGCCCUUGCUGACAGCCUGCCUCCUGGCCAGCUCACCCGCUUCCAGUGCUCCAAAUGCCCCGCCAGCUUCACUCUGAAAUCCAACAUGGAUCGGCACGAGAAGACCAUCCACUUCAACUUCAACGAGUUCACCGUCAUCAGGAAGAAAUUCAAGUGCCCCUACUGCAGUUUUUCAGCCAUGCAUCAGUGCAUCCUGAAGAGACACAUGCGAUCGCACACGGGAGAGAGGCCCUACCCCUGCGAGAUCUGUGGGAAGAAGUUCACACGCCGGGAGCACAUGAAGCGGCACACCUUGGUCCACAGCAAAGAUAAAAAAUAUGUCUGCAAAGUGUGCAACCGAGUGUUCAUGUCUGCGGCCAGCGUGGGGAUAAAGCACGGCUCUCGUCGCCACGGGGUUUGUGCCGACUGCUCCGGUCGUGGCAUCGCCGGUCACCUGGACCACAAUGGGGGAGAAGGGUCUCCAGACGAGUGCUACCCCGGGGAAGGCCAGUACUUGGAAGACCCUGAUGACAUCAAAGUGGAGGGAGAUGAGGAGAUGGGUGACGACGACGACAUCAAGUGGAAGGAUGAUGUUGGAAUGUCACAAGAUGAUGUGAUUUUAGAUGAUGACAAAGAUGUCGACUCCCCGCAGGAGCAGGACAACUCUGGGGAGAAUGACAAGGAUUUUACCUGGAUUUCUUAGGGAUUCUUUUGGUUUCACUCUGUUGUUUGUAGGGGAGGGAGGGUGGGAAGGAAGGAGUAUGUUGGAAAAACUUAAGUAGCCUUGUUGUCGUCCAUGUGUGCAAAAUAACUCUUACGUUUUCUAAACAAGUCCUUCUCUGUUCCACUCAGAUACUGUCUUAGCAAUGUCGCUUCCAGCGACGUGACUGACUUCGCCUUCCCCCUUGCCCCUUCCCGAAGGACCCCGACCGCGGCCGCUGCUCCGGCCAAGCCAGUCAGGUUGCGUGCAAGUGAGGUGGAGUUCCUGCAGGUGUGAGCACUGCGCGAUGGGGAGGCUGCGUGAAGCAUGAGUCCUCCUGCCCUUCCCACCCUGAACUGAAUACCGGGAAGAUUUUGGGGUCCAAAGCAGUUUUUUUGGUGGUUGUUAUUUAUUUAACACCUUGUCUGUGUGCUAAAACCCCAGCAGCAGUGGGAUGUUGUGAAAGCAAAUCAAUGUGUGGGUUGGAGGGCUUCCCUUGAUGAUGCAGGCCUUGUGCAAAGUUAGUCAAAGAGAGCUUUUAUUAUUUUUGAUGGAGCCAAAUAGAUCAAAAGGCAAGUCAGGUUACAGCCUUACAAAUUCCUGUCUUAGAUUCUUAACUUCUGCAAGAAUCACUGUCACAAAACGAAAGAUUGUGACCUUUCUUGGACCUACCAAUGUCUUACCCACACCCCGUCUUCCAGCCUUGGUUAUCCGCGAUGACUGAAACGUGCGUUGGUGCUCCUAGAAGCACCCUUUGCUACAAAGGACACAGGUAAUUCUCUGCCUGUGGUUCUUCUCUGCAAAGAUCUUCACUUUUCUCCCUGCGCUCGGCUGCCUUUUUUCAAAAAUAUAUGCAAACUGUAGCAAAACCAAGGCAUUUAGCAAAGUGCAGGAUGAACUGGGGAACACGAGAAGCCAAGGUAGGUGAUCCCAGCUGAGUGGGAUCUUGCUGCUCCCAUCCUGCAGACUUCGGUGGGGCCAGGGUUUCACCUGGGGACCUUGCCAGUCCAGAAAUCGUCCUUCGUUCUUGGUAGGCACAACACCUACCUAAAUCAUGACAAGAACCUUUGGCUUUAGCUGCACUGGUUCCAUGUAAAUUCUCAAAUAAACCUGUUUGGUUUUAAGUAAGAAUCAGGUUUCUCUCCCAGCGUCUCCCAACAGGCUCUAGGUCUGCUCCAGGUCAUGGGAUUCCUUGUUCAUAUCGGCCACAGUUGCCUUCUUCCAGCUAUACCUAAAUAACAGCAGCAAGGCGCGCUGCAACGGCCCUGUUCCUAAGAAGCGGCUUUUUACUUUCACCUCUUUGCUUCUGGUGCUUUUGAGAAUAAAGCUGAAGACCUCACUCUUUCCUCACACAGAGCAAUUUUAUGAUGUCUGUGGUGAUGGUAUCUUCAACCCUGCCACAAGAGACAACUUGUUACCAGAAAGCCAAAUGACUAACGGUGCUAUUUUCCUCCUGGGGUAGAAAAGGUGAUCCCUGUGGGGUGGAGAGCAUUCUGUGAGUCUGAUGGUCCCUACGGAACAGCAUCGUUCCACCCAGCAAAGGAAAUACCAAGUGUAUUGUACCGCAAACCCCAGUAAAGCAAAUAAUCUUUAAGGAUCUAAGCCACUUGGUGCCAGGAUUUGGUGGUGGGAGCCUUCAUCCCAGUUCUUUAUUCAUUCUCCGAUUUAAGGGUUGCGUCCCAGGCUGAUGGCGUUCGAUUCCUUGCUCUGCUCUUCACUUCCUUGCAGAUGUUCACCACCGCCUCUGUUUGUGUCGCCCUGGUUUGCGCUGCCGAUCGCUGUUGCCCCCAGCGGCUCCCAGGCUCCUGGUCCAUCACUUCGGCUGUGCGUCAAUGGUUUGGUCUCUCCUGAAAUCCUGUUUUGUCCAUGAGGCCACACGAGCUGUGGCUGCUGCUGCUGAGCCUUUGGGUUGAACAGCUCAGUGGGACGUGUUGCUUUUAGCCAGUGAGUGUGGGUAACUCUCUUUGACUUAAAGAAAAGAGCAGUACAGUCAUGUGGAAACACUUUUAUUAAGUUGUAAAACAUCUAAUUUUGCAUUUUAGCCUCUUGCAGGGCCCUCCUACUAUGUUUAAAGAGCCCUAAACAAACAAGAUUGUACGAUUGGACCGUUGUAUUUUAUUUUUUUUCCCAGCAUUUGUGGUUGUUGUGGGGGUCCCGGAGCGAGGUCUGUGCUUCCUCACCCCGACUGCAGCCUCUCGGAGCACGGGCUCUGUAUUUAUGAUCAUUUAUCCUGUAAAUAUGGGGGUUAGGGGUCUUGGUGGCCCUGACCUUGCAGCCUGACUGUUACCUGUAGACAAAUACAUACAGUACAUAAUGAUACCGGUAGCUUUGCUUUUUAUAUGUAAAAAUCUAUUUUAAAAGAGAUUUAACCCCAAACCGUUCAAACCUCCCCAGUUUCUGACAUUCCGCUUCUCCCACCUGCUCCGAUGCCGCUGUGCGCAUCCGCUGUCCUUCCGAGGAGGAGCAGGAGAUACUGGUCUGUGUCCUCCUCUUCCUCGUUCCUCCCUGCCCUUGCCCUGGGUUGACUCUGGUUGUGUGACUGGAGCUACAGGGCGCUUGGCUUGGCUUGGCGACUGCUUUGGAAAGGUUUGAUUUCAUUUUUCUGUCUUUUCUUUCCUAUUUUUUUCCUGGGGGACGGGAGGGGGGGCAGUGAGGUGGGUGGCUUCCCAAAGCGUUUCUCUGCAGUGCCGCUCUGAGGCUCGUGGAGCUGAGGAUGCAAAAAGUAAAUCCAAAAAAGGAGGGGGAAAAAGGAAAAACCACAUAAAAGUGGAUUUUACAGUGGUACCGUUAUCACUUAGCGCACGCUUCUCCAUCACUAACCAAAUACAGCCUUCCUCACACCUGAUGUAUUAUAGAGUCAUGGAAUGGUUUGGGUUGGAAGGGACCUCAAAGCCCAUCCAGUUACACCCCCUGUCACGGGCAGGGACACCUCCCACUGGAUCCGGUUGCUCCAAGCCCCCUCCGACUUGUCCUUGAACACCUCCAGGGAUGGGGCAACCACAGCUUCCCUGGGCAACCUGGGCCAGGGCCUCCCCACCCUCAUCAUGAGGAAUUUCUUCCUGAUGUCGAAUCUAAAUCUUCCCCCUUUCAAUUUAAAGCCAUUCCCCUCAUCCUGUCACUCCAGGCCCUUGUAAGCAGUCCCUCCCCAGCUUUCCUGGAGCCCCUUUCCCUACUAGGAGUCUGCUCUAAGGUCUCCUUGGAGCCUUCUCCAGGCUGAACAACCCCAACUCUCUCAGCCUGUCCUCAUAGCAGAGAUGCUCCGGCCCUCGGAUCAUCUCCGUGGCCUCCUCUGGACCCCUUCCAACAGUUCCAUAUCCUUGAACUCGGGAUUCCAGAACUGGACCCUGAGCUCUAGGUGGGGUCUCAUGAGAGAGCGCUUUGUUGGGAGGGAGGCACGUGAAUUUGGAAAUGUGGGAAUUAGUCCUUAGGAGGCUUGGGUUCAAAAAAAAAAAAGGAAUUUCGGCAUUUUUAAUGCUGACACUUUAUAGAACAUCAUCAGUUGCUGCAUGCAACCGGACCUCUCUGGCUCCUCCCUGGGUGCCUCUCGGGUCUACUGCCUAUGCAAACUCCUGCUCUGUGAGAUUUAAACCAACCCUGAGUCGUUCUGCCUGGGAUCUCCAGCGCCGGCCGAGCAACCUCUGGCAUCCUGUCUUUGUAUUCCCCUUCAGGGCUUUGUAUACUUCACUGAGAUUCCCUUUUUUUAAGUUUUUCUACCUAUAUAUAUGCGUGUAUAUACAGAUAUAGUUCAAAAAAUAACUCCCUUAGAGGUGAAAACCCGAUGCACUUGGUCUCAAUAACUUGCGCCGCCUGAUUUUUGUUCAGUAUCCGUACGUGCUUGUAAAUGUCCUUCCCUGGAUUUCUUUAUUAUCCUCCUUUUUUUAUAUACAUGGAAGUAUGCCAGGAGUACAGCGAGCAUUUCCAGCCGGGCUUUGCAGCCGCCGCGUGCGGAACAGUGCGCAGAGAGCAUUGUCCUGCCCUUGUCCUCCGGGAAGGGUCCCCGAGGAGCCCCUGGGGUCCCGCGGGAGCCCUUGGUCUGCUGCUGCCUUUGGAGAACGUCUGGAGCAACGAAGACCAAGGGGUUUCUUGCGUGGCUUCCUGUCGAUUUGAUAUAUCCAAAAAAAAGUCACUGUCCUUGUCCUUAAUCAAAAAUAGGUGAUUUGGGCUACAAAAGGAAGAUUUUUCACCCGCAAGGAAACCCACGCAUGGUCCCAUCCUGUUCCCUCUCUCCUCUCCUGCCUCUGAACCCUCCGCUCCGAGCCGGGGCUCGGGGGCUUCAUCCCUGUCCCCGAUUCCCGCGGGGGCUGAGCCCCCCCAGCCCAACACUCCCCAUUUUGCACAUCGCCCUUUAAGCAAAGAAACUCCGUGAAAAUAAUGCAAAAACUGGAUUUUUUUGCAAUAUUAUGAAAGAUAAUCUUUAUUUUAGCUCAUUCUGUGAGACGUGUGACUCCGAAGAAAGCCAUACUUCAUGGGUCCCUGAUUUUUUAGAUCCCGUAUUGUUUGGAAUUCCUGCCGCCUUCUUUUCCAGCCCCGCAUAGUACGAGUGCUGUGUGUAUGCUCUCAUAUAUAUUUAUUUUUCAACGUACUUUAAACCUGUCUACAAAAAAAAACAAAACUAAACAAACAAACAAAAAAAAAAGAGGACAGUGUUUGAAGAUUGUUGAUUUAUUUUUUUUGCUGGGAAUAUUCUAUAUUAUACUGACUUUAUAUUAAUUAUUAUAAACCUGUGUUUGUAUUGAAGAUGUGUUUAAUAUUUUGGGGAGGUCGAGGAGAUUUUAGGAACCAGAAGGCGGUGGGAGGACAUGGCUGUGUUGUACUGAUUUUCUGUAAAUGUAGUUUGGGUAAAUAUGACUUUAUUUUCUAGUUGCUGUCCCGGUUUCUUGUCCGGCUGGGCGUGCCGGCGGCGCUGCCGCUCGGUUGGGAUGACUUUGUGAUGGGAUUUAGCGUAGACAUACCUGCAGAAAUCAAUCAGUUUCAAUAAAUUGGGAAAUUGCUGCUA